GAAUGGGGCCUUGUGAGAACCUAUUGAAUGUGUGUCGAUCAGAAGCUGACAUGUCCCUCUCUUUCAGGAGGAGAGACUUCAGCAUGCAAACCUUCAUCUGUCCAGCUUGCUCCCUUGUUUUCGUUCCACUCUGCUGGGCUUCAGAUGGCUGCUCCCAUGCCCCAUUCACACCAGCAGUACAGUGAGCAGCACCAGCAGACUACUGACCCGUCUGUGCCGGCUCUGCACUACAGCGAGCAGGCGCAGCAGUCUAUCGCCAGCCAGGUACGCUAGCUACAGCUACACACACAAUCAUACACUCAUACUCACAUGCAUUGACAUAAAUACACACACAAACCAAAAACCUUACACAUACACCAAAACACACUCGCACACAAAGUGGUACUAACCCCAAGCCCUGCGGCCCGUGCCUCCCUUACACAACACUGCUUGCUGGCCGCCUUUCCUUUCCUGGUAAAAGGCACUUCUCAAAAUAUAUCCCGACCCCGUCGUGAACACCGGGGUUAUUCUUACUGUACAGGCAACAUUACGGCCAGCGUGUCCAGGACAGUGGACUAAUAAUAAACAGGGUAAUUUCUCACUUUUAUUACUGACGACAGUCACGGCUAUUUCCAAAAUAAACUGCAGGGUGCUGUCAAACACACCCAUGACUUCAGUGUACAGUGGCUGCUGCCCAUGUGUGUGUUUCGGAUAUCAGGCCCUCAUCAAAGCUCAAAUUUAGAUCCACAACUGAGUUCCCUACAUGAUAGAGAGUCAGUGCAGUAAUAGCUGACGAUAUAAAACAAUACACGCAAAGAAAGGAAGAAAUAUUAGAAUGUCAGAGUCCGGAAAAUAAAUGUACACUACCAGUCAUAAGUUUGGACACACCUACUCAUUCAAGGGUUUUUCUAUCUUAAAAAAUAAAUAAUUACAUUGUAGAAUACUAGUGAAGACAUCAAAACUAUGAAAUAACACACAUGGAAUCAUGUAGGAACCAGAAAAGUGUUAAACAAAUCUAAAUAUUUUAUAUUUGGAUUCUUCAAAUAGCCACCCUUUGCCUUGAUGACAGCUUUGCACACUCUUGGCAUUCUCUCAACCAGCUUCAUGAGGUAGUCACCUGGAAUGCAUUUCAAUUAACAGGUGUGCCUUCUUAAAAGUUUAUUUGUGGAAUUUCUUUCCUCCUUAAUGCAUUUGAGCCAAUCAGUUGUGUUGUGACAAGGUGGGGGGGGGUAUACAGAAGAUGGCCCUAUUUGGUAAAAGACCAAGUCCAUAUUAUGGCAAGAACAGCUCAAAUAAGCAAAGAGAAACGACAGUCCAUCAUUAAUUUAAGACAUGAAGGUCAGUCAAUCCGGAAAGAAGAACCUUUAAACGUUUCUUCAAGUGCAGUCGCAAAACCCAUCAAGCGCUAUGAUGAAACUGGCUCUCAUGAGGACCGCCACAGGAAUGGAAGACCCAGAGUUACCUCUGUUGCAGAGGAUAAGUUCAUUAGAGUUACCAGCCUCAGAAAUUGCAGCCCAAAUAAAUGCUUCACAUAGUUCAAGUAACACACAUCUCAACAUCAACUGUUCAGAGGAGACUGUGUGAAUCAGGCCUUCAUGUUCGAAUUGCUGCAAAGAAACCACUACUAAAGGACACCAAUAAGAAGAAGAGACCUGCUUGGGCCAAGAAACACGAGCAGUGGACAUUAGACUGGUGGAAAUGUCCUUUGGUCUGGAGUUCAAAUUGGAGAUUUUUGGGUCCAACCGCCGUGUCUUUGUGAGACGCGGUGUGGGUGAACGGUUGAUCUCCGCAUGUGUAGUUCCCACCGUGAAGCAUGGAGGAGGAGGUGUUAUGAUGUGGGGGUGCUUUGCUGGUGACACUGUCUGUGAUUUAUUUAGAAUUCAAGGCACACUUAAACAGCAUGGCUACCACAGCAUUCUGCAGCGAUACGCCAUCCCAUCUGGUUUGGGCUUAGUGGGACUAUCAUUUGUUUUUCAACAGGACAAUGACCCAACACACCUCCAGGCUGUGUAAUGGCUAUUUUACCAAGAAGGAGCGUGAUGGAGUGUUGCAUCAGAUGACUUGGCUUCCACAAUCCCCCGACCUCAACCCAAUUGAGAAGGUUUGGGAUGAGUCGGACGGCAGAGUGAAGGAAACGCAGCCAACAAGUGCUCAGCAUAUGUGGGAACUCCUUCAAGACUGUUGGAAAAGCAUUCCAGGUGAAGCUGGUUGAGAGAAUGACAGGAGUGUGCAAAGCUGUCAUCAAGGCAAAGGGUGGCUAUUUGAAGCAUCUCAAAUGUAAAUAUAUUUUGAUUUGUUUAACAAUGUUUUGGUUACUACAUGAUUCCAUGUGUUAUUUCAUAGUUUUGAUGUCUUCACUAUUAUUCUACACUGUAAAAAUACAGAAAAACCCUUGAAUGAGUAGGUGUGUCCAAACCUUUGACUGGUACUGUAUAUGUACACUGAGUGUACAAAACAUUAAGAAUACCUGCUCUUUCCAUGACAGACUGACCCGGUGAAUCCAGAUGAGUUAUGAUCUAUUAUUGAUGUCACAUGUUAAAUCCACUUCAAUCAGUGUAGAUGAAGAGGAGGAGACGGGUUAAAGAAGGAUUUUUAAGCCUUGAGACAUGGACUGUGUAUGUGUGCCAUUCAGAGGAUGAAUGGGCAAGACAAGAUUUAAGUGACUUUUGAACGGGGUAUGGUAGUAGGUGCCAGGUGCACUGGUUUUUGUCAAGAACUGCAACACUGCUGGGUUUUUCACGCUCAACAGUUUCCCACACUCAACAGUUUCCUGUGUGUAUCAAGAAUGGUCCACCACCCAAAGGACAUCCAGCCAACUUGACACAACUGUGGGAAACAUUGGAGUCAACAUGGGCCAGCAUCCCAGUGGAAGCUUUCGACACCUUCUAGAGUCCAUGCCCCGAUGAAUUGAGGCGGGGGGAAGGUGUUCCUAAUGUUUGGUAUACUCGGUGUUCCUAAUGUUUGGUAAACUCGGUGUAUAUGAUGUUGUGUAUAGAUCUUAUGGACAGUAUAUGAAUAGAAAAAGUGUGUACAGCGGUAGUUGUAUAGGAUGAGCCUUGACUAGAAUACAGUAUAUACACAGAGUGUACAAAACAUUAGGGACAUGCAUCUGUAGAAGUUUGUGAGGGUCUUGGGGGGGCCAAGAAUAAUUUUUUCAGCAUCCUGAGGUUGAAGAGGCGCUGUUGCGCCUUCUUCACCACAUUGUCUGUGUGGCUGGACCAUUUCAGGUUGUCAGUGAUGCGCAUGCCGAGGAAUAUUAAGCUUUUCACUCUCUCCACUGCGGCCCUGUGGAUGGGGGCGCGCUCCCUCUGCUGUCUUCUGAAGUCCACGAUUAGCUCCUUUGUUUUGUUGAGGGAGAGGUUAUUUUCCUGGCACCACUCCGCCAGGGCUCACACCAACACACCACCUCCCUGUAGCCUGUUUCGUCGUUGUUGGUAAUCAGUCCUACCACUGUUGUGUCGUCUGCAAACUUGAUGAUUGAGUUGGAGACAUGGGAAGUCAUGGGAGUACAGGAGUGGGCUGAGCAGGCACCCAUGUGGGGCCCCCAUGUUGAAGAUCUGUGUAGCGGAGGUGUUGUUGCUUACCUUCACCACCUGGGGUCGGCCCGUCCAGGACCCAGUUGCACAGGGCGGGGUUCAGACCCAGGGCCCCAAGUUUAGUGAUGAGCUUGGCGAGCACUAUGGUGUUGAAGGCUGAGCUGUAGUCGAUGAACUGCGUUCUUACAUAGGUAUUCCUCUUGUCCAGAUGGGAUAGGGCAGUGUGCAGUACGAUGGAGAUUGCGUCAUCCGUGGAUCUGUUGGGGCGGUAUGCAAGUUGUAGUGGGUCUAGGGUGUCGGGUAAGGUGGAGGUGAUAUGAUCCUUAACUAGUCUCUCAAAGCACUUCAUGAUGACAAGUGAGUGCUUACGGGGUGUUUUUUUUUCUUCCUUCAUGUUAUUUAACGAAAGAGAGGACCUGUUUCUAUAGAAGACGCCUAUUUUAAAUCUUAUUUUCUAAACUAACUCAUCAACAUUAUUUUUGAAAGAUAGCUUUUCGUCAAUCCAGAUGCUCAGAUAUUUAUAAGUGGCGACACAAUCAAUGAGGACACCAUCCAAAGUAUGUAUACAUCAGAUACAUUUUUUCCUGAUUUAGAAAAUAACAUGGUUUUACACACUUAAUAACACUUUGUUUUACCUGCAUUAAGUGCCAAUUUCAGUACAAGAAAGGCUUUCUGCAGGGCAAUACAGGCAGAUUGAAGCUCUGACAGAGCCUGGUCAGCUGUGGGGGCAAUAGCAUACACCACAGUGUCAUCUGCAUACAAGUGCAUUUUGUUUGUCCAUUUAAUUUUUUAUAAACCAAUAUUGUUAAUGUGAAAAGAACCAAACCAAUAAUCGAUCCCUGUGGGACACUGUUCUGUUCUUUUAAAUAAUUUGUCAUGAAUAGCAACAUUUGCCACAUAAACAACAGAUUCACUUGAUUAAUUGAUUUGAUGAGAAACAAGGUGAGUGUGUGUUUCUGAAACGGUGAUGUUCUCUGUGUUUGGUGCGUCUGUUUUAAGGUGACCCCUGAUGUUGUCAUGUUACAGAGGCGCAUGCCCCAGUGCUUUCGCGACCCGUCCUCGGCUCCCCUGAGGAAGCUCUCUAUUGACCUGAUCAAAACCUACAAAUGCAUCAACGAGGUAAGUUCCACCACUCUCCCUCCACCACACACUACACCUGUACCUGGAACUCUGGUCGCUCAAGGCCUGCACUGAUCACUUGAAGAUUUGAAUCGCAAUAGUGACAACAUCCCAUGCAAUCUCAGCUUGUACUGCACAGUGGUGGUCAGGGCCUACCUUUUAGCAACCACCUCCCAGGCUCCGUGUGCCACCUACCUGAUGGGUAAUCUAGUAACAACACCUUUUUGUUGGCAGGUAUACUAUGCAAAAAAGAAGCGGAGACACCAACAGGGCCAGGGCGACAACUCCAGUCACAAGAAAGAGAGGAAGAUCUUCAACGACGGCUAUGAUGACGACAACUACGACUACAUCGUAAAAAACGGGGAGAAAUGGAUGGACCGCUACGAGAUUGACUCCUUGAUAGGCAAAGGCUCGUUUGGACAAGUGAGUCACAUGAUGACAUGCAUGUAUUGUCAACCACCAGUGGCGCAGUUACCAUUUUGCAGAAGCUCACCUGGUAUUGUUUCAACCACCACCAGGCCUUUUAAAGGGUUAGACAUGGUCGUUAAGAUUGACCUGACAUGUACACUACCGUUCAAAAGUUUGGGGUCAUGAAAACAUACAUGAAAUUAGUUUGAAUAAGAAAUAUAGCAAAAUGAAUAGAAAAGGUUAGAAAUAAUGAUUUUUAAUUUAAAUAAUAAUUGUCCUUCAAACUUUGCUUUCAAAGAAUCCUCCAUUUGCAGCAAUUACAGCCUUGCAGACCUUUGGCAUUCUAGUUGUCAAUUUGUUGAGGUAAUCUGAAGAGAUUUCACCCCAUGCUUCCUGAAGCACCUCCCACAAGUUGGAUUGGCUUGAUGGGCACUUCUUACGGUCAAACUGCUCCCACAACAGCUCAAUAGGGUUGAUAUCCGGUGACUGUGCUGGCCACUCCAUUAUAGACCGAAUACCAGCUGACUGCUUCUUCCCUAAAUAGUUAUUGCAUAGUUUGGAGCUGUGCUUUGGGUCAUUGUCCUGUUGUAGGAGGAAAUUGGCUCCAAUCAAGCGCUGUCCACAGGGUAUGGCAUGGCAUUGCAAAAUGGAGUGAUAGCCUUCCUUCUUCAAGAUCCCUUUCAUCCUGUACAAAUCUCCCACUUUACCACCACCAAAGCAAGCCCAGACCAUCACAUUGCCUCCACCAUGCUUGAGAGAUGCAUCAAGCACUCCUCCAGCAUCUUUUCAUUUGGUCUGCGUCUCGCAAAUGUUCUUCUUUGUGAUCCGAACACCUCAAACUUCGAUUUGUCUGUCCAUAACACUUUUUUCCAAUCUUCCUCUGUUCAGUGUCUGUGUUCUUUUGCCCCUCUUAAUCUUUUCUUUUUAUUGGCCAGUCUGAGAUAUGGCUUUUUCUUUGCAACUCUGCCUAGAAGGUCAGCAUCCCGGAGUCGCCUCUUCACUGUUGAUGUUGAGACUGGUGUUUUGCGGGUACUAUUUAAUGAAGCUGCCAGUUGAGGACCUGUGAGGCACCUGUUUCUCAAUCUAGACACUCUAAUGUAUUUGUCCUCUUGCUCAGUUGUGCACCGGGCCCUCCCACUCCUCUUUCUAUUCUGGUUAAAGCCAGUUUGCGCUGUUCUGUGAAGGGAGUAGUACACAGCGUUGUACGCGAUCUGCAGUUUCUUGGCAAUUUCUCGCAUGGAAUAGAUUUCAUUUCUCAGAACAAGAAUAGACUGACGAGUUUCAGAAGAAAGUUCUUUGUGUCUGGCCAUUUUGAGCCUGUAAUCGAACCAACAAUUGCUGAUGCUCCAGAUACUCAACUAGUCUCAAGAAGGCCAGUUUUAUUGCUUCUUUAAUCAGCACAACAGUUUUCAGCUGUGCUAACAUAAUUGCAAAAUGUUUUUCUAAUGAUCAAUUAGCCUUUUAAAAUGAUACACUUGGAUUAGAAACACAAUGUGCCAUUGGAACACAGGAAUGAUGGUUGCUGAUAAUGGGCCUCUGUACGCCUAUGUACAGUUGAAGUCGGAAGUUUACAUACACCUUAGCCAAAUACAUUUAAACUCAGUUUUUCACAAUUCCUGACAUUUAAUCCUAGUAAAAAAUUCCCUGUCUUAGGUCAGUUAUGAUCACCACUUUAUUUUAAGAAUGUGAAAUGUCAGAAUAAUAGUAGAGAGAAUGAUUGAUUUAUUUCAGCUUUUAUUUAUUUCAUCACAUUCCCAGUGGGUCAGAAGUUUACAUACACUCAAUUAGUAUUUGAUAGCAUUGCCUUUAAAUUGUGUAACUUGGGUCAAACGUUUCGGGUAGCCUUCCACAAGCUUCCCACAAUAAGUUGGGUGAAUUUUGGCCCAUUCCUCCUGACAGAGCUGAUGUAACUGAGUCAGGUUUGUAGGCCUCCUUGCUCGCACAUGCCUUUUCAGUUCUGCCCACAAAUGUUCAAUAGGAUUGAGGUCAGGGCUUUGUGAUGGCCACUCCAAUACCUUGACUUUGUUGUCCUUAAGCCAUUUUGCCACAACUUUGGAAGUAUGCUUGGGGUCAUUGUCCAUUUGGAAGACCCAUUUGCGACCAAGCUUUAACUUCCUGACUGAUGUCUUGAGAUGUUGCUUCAAUAUAUCCACAUAAUUUUCCUUCCUCCCAUCUAUUUUGUGAAGUGCACCAGUCCCUCCUGCGGCAAAGCACCCCCACAGCAUGAUGCUGUCACCCCUGUGCUUCACGGUUGGGAUGGUGUUCUUUGGCUUGCAAGCAUCCACCUUUUUCCUCCAACCAUAACGAUGGUCAUUAUUGCCAAACAGUUCUAUUUUUGUUUAAUCAGACCAGAGGACAUUUCUCCAAAAAGUACGAUCUUUGUCCCCAUGUGCUGUUGCAAACCGUAGUCUGGCUUUUUUAUGGCGGUUUUGGAGCAGUGGCUUCUUCCUUGCUAAGCGGCCUUUCAGGUUAUGCCGAUUAUAGGACUAGUUUUACUGUGGAUAUAGAUACUUUUGUACCUGUUUCCCCCAGCAUCUUCACAAGGUCCUUUGCUGUUGUUCUGGGAUUGAUUUGCACUUUUCGCACCAAAGUACGUUCAUCUCUAGAAGACAGAACUCGUCUCCUUCCUGAGCGGUAUGACUGCUGCGUGGUCCCAUGGUGUUUAUACUUGCGUACUAUUGUUUGUACAGAUGAACGUGGUACCUUCAGGCGUUUGGAAAUUGCUCCCAAGGAUGAACCAGACUUCUGGGGGUCUACAAAAAAAAUUUCUGAGGUCUUGGCUGAUUUCUUUUGAUUUUCCCAUGAUGUCAAGCAAAGAUGCACUGAGUUUGAAGGUAGGCCUUGAAAUACAUCCAAAGGUACACCUCCAAUUGACUCAAAUGAUGUCAAUUAGCCUAUCAGAAGCUUCUUAAGCCAUUACAUCAUUUUCUGGAAUUUUCCAAGCUGUUUAAAGGCACAGUCAACUUAGUGUAUGUACACUGGAAUUGUGAAACAGUGAAUUAUAAGUGAAAUAAUCUGUUUGUAAACAAUUGUUGGAAAAAGGACUUGUGUCAUGCACAAAGUAGAUGUCCUAACCGACUUGCCAAAACUAUAGUUUGUUAACAAGAAAUUUGUGGAGUGGUUGAAAAACUAGUUUUAAUGACUCCAACCUAAGUCAAAUCAAAUCAAAUCAAAUUUUAUUGGUCACAUGCGCCGAAUACAACAGGUGCAGACAUUACAGUGAAAUGCUUACUUACAGCCCUUAACCAACAGUGCAUUUAUUUUAACAAAAAAAGUAAAAAUAAAACAACAACAAAAAAAGUGUUGAGAAAAAAAGAGCAGAAAUAAAAUAAAAUAACAGUAGGGAGGCUAUAUAUACAGGGGGGUACCGGUGCAGAGUCAAUGUGCGGGGGCACCGGCUAGUUGAGAUAGUUGAAGUAAUAUGUACAUGUGGGUAGAGUUAAAGUGACUAUGCAUAAAUAAUUAACAGAGUAGCAGCAGCGUAAAAAGGAUGGGGUGGGGGGGCAGUGCAAAUAGUCCGGGUAGCCAUGAUUAGGUGUUCAGGAGUCUUAUGGCUUGGGGGUAAAAGCUGUUGAGAAGUCUUUUGGACCUAGACUUGGCACUCCGGUACCGCUUGCCGUGCGGUAGCAGGGAGAACAGUCUAUGACUAGGGUGGCUGGAGUCUUUGACAAUUUUGAGGGCCUUCCUCUGACACCGCCUGGUAUAGAGGUCCUGGAUGGCAGGAAGCUUGGCCCCAGUGAUGUACUGGGCCGUACGCACUACCCUCUGUAGUGCCUUGCGGUCGGAGGCCAAGCAGUUGCCAUACCAGGCGGUGAUGCAACCAGUCAGGAUGCUCUCCAUGGUGCAGCUGUAGAAUUUUUUGAGGAUCUGAGGACCCAUGCCAAAUCUUUUCAGUCUCCUGAGGGGGAAUAGGCUUUGUCGUGCCCUCUUCACGACUGUCUUGGUGUGUUUGGACCAUGAUAGUUCGUUGGGGAUGUGGACACCAAGGAACUUGAAGCUCUCAACCUGUUCCACUACAGCCCCGUCGAUGAGAAUGGGGGCGUGCUCAGUCCUCUUUUUUUUCCUGUAGUCCACAAUCAUCUCCUUUGUCUUGGUCACGUUGAGGGAGAGGUUGUUGUCCUGGCACCACACGGCCAGGUCUCUGACCUCCUCCCUAUAGGCUGUCUCAUCGUUGUCGGUGAUCAGGCCUACCACUGUUGUGUCGUCUGCAAACUUAAUGAUGGUGUUGGAGUCGUGCCUGGCCAUGCAGUCAUGGGUGAACAGAGAGUACAGGAGGGGACUGAGCACGCACCCCUGAGGGGCCCCCGUGUUGAGGAUCAGUGUGGCAGAUGUGUUGUUACCUACCCUUACCACCUGGGGGCAGCCCGUCAGGAAGUCCAGGAUCCAGUUACAGAGGGAGGUGUUUAGUCCCAGGAUCCUUAGCUUAGUGAUGAGCUUAGAGGGCACUAUGGUGUUGAAUGCUGAGCUGUAGUCAAUGAAUAGCAUUCUCACGUAGGUGUUCCUCUUGUCCAGGUGGGAAAGGGCAGUGUGGAGUGCAAUAGAGAUUGCAUCAUCUGUGGAUCUGUUGGGGCGGUAUGCAAAUUGGAGUGGGUCUAGGGUUUCUGGGAUAAUGCUGUUGAUGUGAGCCAUGACCAGCCUAAGUGUAUGUAAACUUCCGACUUCAACUGUAUACUUUGUUGACUUACAGUGUGAGGUGAAGAAAAAAUGACUGAGAAACCCAGCUGGGCACUUUCCUACAUUUUGAUAUUUGCGAGAAGCAGGCAAGGUACUUCUAUUUGUGCUCAGGCACGCGCGCUCUGUCAACAUUAACAGGACAGAGCGUGUAAAUGAUGGUAUGAAAUAAACCAAAACUUGUUUCUCACAAGUGUAGCCGGUUAUGAACUCUGCAAACAAUGUUUCUACUCCGAAAAUUAGAAGUGUAAAUUACUGUAAUUAAUACAUGACAAGGAUUAACGGUAAAUUGCCUGUUUUACAAACGGUAGGCUACCACAUUCAUAAAAGUGUAUUGCGGGCUGAUACUGUAUAGCCUAGGCUACUACUAUUCUACUUUGCAGGGUUAGGAGGGCGGCAAUUUUUUGGUGUCUCGUCUAGGGCGGCAUAUCGGCCAGGACCGGGACUGAUCAGCGUUGAUUAGUCUACAUAUUAAGGAAAGAUUCCGUAUCAAAUUAUACCAUGGCAUGUUGGAGAAGAUAAGCGCAUUUUCCAUUUGACACAUUAGCACGUUAGCAUCAAAGGACAGUUGGAAAGAAGCUGUAGAAUGUUUAAUAGACAGACUAAGUUAGCAAAACAAUUGCUUAUAAUCAUUAGUAAACACUCCCUCUAUUAGGUAAAGUUUAUUUACAUGAAAAUAAAGAAAACAUUUUAAAAAUCCUAAAAUGAAUGUAGGCCGGUUAUUUUAUUUUCAUGACUGUCUUCAUCUAUAACCGUCAGUUACACGGUUAUUCAGCAGAGAGCCAGCAGAAGUGUGUGUGACUGAAGAGGCUGUAAUAGAUCAGAGCCCCACCCCCCUGUUUAGUGCAUGUGUUCCCGCCUGGCUCAUUGUGUUUACGAUGAUUUGUGUUUGGCCUUGUCUCUCUCCAGGUUGUAAAAGCAUAUGACCGUGUUGAGCAGGAGUGGGUGGCAAUUAAGAUCAUCAAGAACAAGAAGGCUUUUCUAAAUCAAGCCCAGAUUGAAGUGCGGCUCCUCGAGCUCAUGAACAAACAUGACACGGAGAUGAAGUACUACAUAGGUACAGCCAGAUUCUCCUUUUUCCCUAUACACCUCGCUAGCUCGCGCUCUCACUCACAUACAUACAUGCAUGCAUGCAUACAUACAGUGGGGAAAAAAAGUAUUUAGUCAGCCACCAAUUGUGCAAGUUCUCCCACUUAAAAAGAUGAGAGAGGCCUGUAAUUUUCAUCAUAGGUACACGUCAACUAUGACAGACAAAUUGAGAGAAAAAAAUUCCAGAAAAUCACAUUGUAGGAUUUUUAAUGAAUUUAUUUGCAAAUGAUGGUGGAAAAUAAGUAUUUGGUCACCUACAAACAAGCAAGAUUUCUGGCUCUCACAGACCUGUAACUUCUUCUUUAAGAGGCUCCUCUGUCCUCUACUCGUUACCUGUAUUAAUGGCACCUGUUUGAACUUGUUAUCAGUAUAAAAGACACCUGUCCACAACCUCAAACAGUCACACUCCAAACUCCACUAUGGCCAAGACCAAAGAGCUGUCAAAGGACACCAGAAACAAAAUUGUAGACCUGCACCAGGCUGGGAAGACUGAAUCUGCAAUAGGUAAGCAGCUUGGUUUGAAGAAAUCAACUGUGGGAGCAAUUAUUAGGAAAUGGAAGACAUACAAGACCACUGAUAAUCUCCCUCGAUCUGGGGCUCCACGCAAGAUCUCACCCCGUGGGGUCAAAAUGAUCACAAGAACGGUGAGCAAAAAUCCCAGAACCACACGGGGGGACCUAGUGAAUGACCUGCAGAGAGCUGGGACCAAAGUAACAAAGCCUACCAUCAGUAACACACCAGGGACUCAAACUACGCCGCCAGGGACUCAAAUCCUGCAGUGCCAGACGUGUCCCCCUGCUUAAGCCAGUACAUGUCCAGGCGUGUCUGAAGUUUGCUAGAGUGCAUUUGGAUGAUCCAGAAGAGGAUUGGGAGAAUGUCAUAUGGUCAGAUGAAACCAAAAUAGAACUUUUUGGUAAAAACUCAACUCGUCGUGUUUGGAGGACAAAGAAUGCUGAGUUGCAUCCAAAGAACACCAUACCUACUGUGAAGCAUGGGGGUGGAUGCUUUGGGGCUGUUUUUCUGCAAAGGGACCAGGACGACUGAUCCGUGUAAAGGAAAGAAUGAAUGGGGCCAUGUAUCGUGAGAUUUUGAGUGAAAACCUCCUUCCAUCAGCAAGGGCAUUGAAGAUGAAACGUGGCUGGGUCUUUCAGCAUGACAAUGAUCCCAAACACACCGCCCGGGCAACGAAGGAGUGGCUUCGUAAGAAGCAUUACAAGGUCCUGGAGUGGCCUAGCCAGUCUCCAGAUCUGAACCCCAUAGAAAAUCUUUGGAGGGAGUUGAAAGUCUGUGUUGCCCAGCGACAGCCCCAAAACAUCACUGCUCUAGAGGAGAUCUGCAUGGAGGAAUGGGCCAAAAUACCAGCAACAGUGUGUGAAAACCUUGUGAAGACUUACAGAAAACGUUUGACCUGUGUCAUUGCCAACAAAGGGUAUAUAACAAAGUAUUGAGAAACUUUUGUUAUUGACCAAAUACUUGUUUUCCACCAUAAUUUGCAAAUAAAUUCAUUAAAAAUCCUACAAUGUGAUUAUCUGGAAUUUUUUUUUCUCAUUUUGUCUGUCAUAGUUAACGUGUACCUAUGAUGAAAAUUACAGGCCUCUCUCAUCUUUUUAAGUUGGAGAACUUGCACAAUUGGUGGCUGACUAAAUACUUUUUCCCCCCACUGUACAUACACUUGACCUCUGUUCAACUUUGUGAUGGAGUCUUUACUAUAGUAAUACCAGAAAGACCCCAAAACAUCUUGAUGAAAGUGCGGCAUCUACUUGAUAGAUACAUCUGGCGGUCCUGUGUAGCUAAGUUGGUAGAGCAUAGCCAGCAAGCGCCAGGGUUGUGGGUUCGAUUCCUACGGGGGACCAGUACGAAAUAAGUAUUAAAAUGUAUGCACUCACUAUUGUAAGUGGCUUUGGAUAAGAGCAUCUGCUAAAUGACUAAAAUGUAAAUGUUUUGGAGAAGCUCAAUUGAAAAUGCUUUUUACUCCAGGAUGAGGCUUAAUCUGUGUCCAGGAAACCAGCCCAUUAACAUGCGCUAGUCAAUGACGAGUAUCCAAUACGUUAACAUCACUAGUGUAUCAUGCAAUAUCAACCUCACUCAAACAAAUGCUCAUUAGUCUUAUUUUUUUCUCCCCUCCUCUCUCUCUCUCCAGUUCACCUUAAGCGCCACUUCAUGUUCCGGAGCCACCUGUGCUUGGUGUUUGAGAUGCUCUCCUACAACCUGUACGACCUGCUGCGGAACACCAACUUCCGUGGCGUCUCACUCAACCUCACACGCAAGUUUGCCCAGCAAAUGUGCACAGCGCUGUUGUUCCUGGCCACGCCCGAGCUCAGCAUCAUCCACUGUGACCUGAAGCCCGAGAACAUCCUGCUGUGCAACCCCAAGAGGAGCGCCAUCAAGAUUGUGGACUUUGGCAGCUCCUGCCAGCUGGGACAGAGGGUAAGGCUGGGAAUUGCCAGGGGCCUUGCGAUACUUAGGUGCCGAUACGAUAUGUAUUGCAAUUCUCAUGAUUCUAUAGGUAUUGCGAUUUGAUGUUCCAAACAUAUAGCUCACUAUACAGUGCAUUCGGAAAGUAUUCAGACCCCUUGACUUUUUCCACAUUUUGUUACGUUACAGCCUUAUUCUAAAAUGGAUUAAAUUGUUUUUUCCCCCUCAUCAAUCUACACAUAAUACCCCAUAAUGACAAAGCAAAAACAGGUUUUUAAAUUUGUUUUGCACAUUUAUAUAAAAAAAAAAAAAACUGAAAUAUAACAUUUACAUAAGUAUUCAAACCCUUUACUCAGUACUUUGUUGAAACACCUUUGGCAGCGAUUACAGCCUCGAGUCUUCUUGGGUAUGACGCUACAAGCUUGGCACACCUGUAUAAGCUUGGACCCUGUGUAGCUCAGUUGGUAGAGCAUGGCGCUUGCAACGCCAGGGUUGUGGGUUCGAUUCCCACAGGGGGCCAGUAUAAAAAAAAAAAAAGAGAGAAAAUAAAUGUAUGCACUCACUAACUGUAAGUCGCUCUGGAUAAGAGCCUCUGCUAAAUGACUAAAAUGUAAAUGUAUUUGGGGAGUUUCUCCCAUUUUUCUCUGCAGAUCCUCUUCAAGCUCUGUCAGGUUGGAUGGGGAGCGUCACUACACAGCUAUUUUCAGGUCUCCAGAGAUGUUCGAUCGGGUUCAAGUCCAGGCUCUGGCUGGGCCGUUCAAGGACAUUCAGAGAUUUGUCCUGAAGCCACUCCUGCGUUGUCUUGGCUGUGUGCUUAGGGUCGUUGUCCUGUUGGAAGGUGAACCUUCGCCCCCAGAUGGUUGUCCUUCUGGAAGGUUCUCCCAUCUCCACAGAUGAACUCUGGAGCUCUGUCAGAGUGACCAUUGGGUUCUUGGUCACCUCCCUGACCAAAGCCCUUCUCCCCCAAUUGCUCAGUUUGGCCGGGCGGCCAGCUCUAGGAAGAGUCUUGGUGGUUCCAAACUUCUUCCAUUUAAGAAUAAUAAUAAUAAUAAUAAUAAUGAUGGAGGCCACUGUGUUCUUGGGGACCUUCAAUGCUGCAGACAUUUUUUGGUAGCCUUUCCCAGAUCUGUGCCUCGACACAAUCCUGCCUCAGAGCUCUACGGAUAAUUCCUUCGACCUCAUGGUUUGGUUUUUGCUCUGACAUUCACUGUCAACUGUGGGGCCUUAUCUAUACAGGUGUGUGCCUUUCCAAAUCAUGUCCAAUCAAUUGAAUUUACCACAGGUGGACUCCAAGUUGUAGAAACAUCUCAAGGAUGAUCAAUGGAAACAGGAUGCACCUGAGCUCAAUUUCGAGUUUCAUAGCAAAAGGUCUGACUACUUAUGUAAAUAAGGUUUUAUUUUGUUAUACAUUUCCAAACAUUCUAAAAAUCUGUUUUUGCUUUGUCAUUAUGGGGUAUUGUGUGUAGAUUGACGAGGACAAUUUUUUUAUUUAAUCCAUUUUAGAAUAAGGCUGUAACAUAACAAAAGGUGGAAAAGGUCAAGGGGUCUGAAUACUUUCCGAAUGCUCUGUAUGUCUGCGGCAGAGAGACAAGGGAGCGCAUGAAAAAAGUAGUAUUUUCUUCAUACUGAAACAUGUUUUCUCACUAUUUUAAAAAUAAGAUAGAGAGCAAGCUAUAUAGAGUUUUUGCAUAGGUACAGCCGACUAGCGCUAGCGAACGCUACCUAGCAAAAACAAUACUUGGAUACUUGUAUUCAAAGUAUCUAUAUAAUAUUGUACGAAACAAUUUUGUGAUUUGUAACUGUAUCGGUCCCCCCCAUCACUAACAGAGGGUAGGUGAAUGAGGAUGUGACACUGAAGUUUGUAUUUGUUUUUCCUGUAGUUUAAUAUGGUGAAUUUUAUGCCACAUAAAAAGUCUUACACCAAAGCUGAGAAUCUGAUAUGCUUGUGACCCACUAUGGAUUCUCAAUUUAAUGGACUGAUUUAUUAUUGGAUAGAUGGAUUGGUAGAGUAUGAUGUGGAAAGAUAGAAAACAAAAGUUUUUUUUCAGAUUUUUCUGGAAAGGGUUGCACAUUACAUGGCUUACCCUACACAUAUGGUACCAAAUUGUGCAACCAGUUAUCCGCUUCUUACCUUGAGGGAACAACCAUUGUAGCUAACCAACUUUAUUUCUGCUGAUAAUCUGCCGUCUGUCUUCCUUAUAGUUGACCUCCUAUAAAAGGAUAACAAAAAUGCCAUGUCCUAACAGCCGUGACCCAUUUCUUUCCCCUCAGAUCUACCAGUACAUCCAGAGUCGCUUCUACCGCUCCCCAGAGGUGCUGCUGGGCAUGCCUUACGACCUGGCCAUCGACAUGUGGUCCCUGGGCUGCAUUCUGGUGGAGAUGCACACCGGAGAGCCCCUCUUCAGUGGGGCCAAUGAGGUAGAACUCAUGGAAUGUAAAGAUGCAGUCUUUAUUUAGGAUAAUAUAACUUGUCAGAUAAUGCUGACUUGUGAUGCGUCAUUGUGCUCAUGUGAGAAAGAUUUUCAGUUUUUGUCUUCGUCAAGAUGAGCAUAGAUGGUGAGAACCUAAUAAAGACCAACAGAGGGAGCUGUAGUGCUUUUGAACGUUUCACUAGGAGACAGGACUCCACUUUUCACCUAGUUUAGUUGUUGUAUUGUUGAUAAAUGUCAUGUAAGACCUUUGUCCUUUUUCCUAUACUGAGGUACAGGCAAUUUAAAACGCAGUUACAGUGCCGAAGAGGGUAAGACAUUAUUCUUAAUUGUGGCUUCCUGAUUUUUCAGAUUGAUCAAAUGAACAAAAUAGUGGAAGUUCUGGGUGUUCCUCCCAAUUACAUAUUGGACCAGGCGCCCAAGGCCAGGAAGUUCUUUGAGAAGAUGUCUGACAGUACGUGGGGUGCAAAGAAGACCAAAGAUGGCAAAAGGGUGAGUUCAACAAAUCGCUCUGUCAAUUAUGUUGUUGUGAUGUCAUAACUGUCCUUUGCAAUAGUGAGUGUAUAUAUCCUCAAAGUCUCUGUUCUGUGUAUGUUCAGUAUAAGCCGCCGGGCACGCGGAAGCUGCACAGCAUCCUGGGUGUUGAGGCGGGGGGUCCUGGGGGGCGGCGGGCGGGCGAGUCUGGCCACGCUGUCGCUGACUACUUGAAGUUCAAGGACCUGAUCCUUCGGAUGCUGGACUACGACCCCAAGAGCCGCAUCCAGCCCUACUAUGCUCUGCAGCACAGCUUCUUCAAGAAGACCACGGAUGAGGGGACCAACACGAGCAGCAGUGUGUCCACCAGCCCCGCGCUGGAGCAGUCUCAGUCCUCUGGAACGACCUCCAGCACCUCCUCCAGCUCAGGUAGGGAGAGCAGCGCAGCCGUAACGCUGCAUGGAGAACUGGGGGUUCACUUUGAAGCAUGGCCUUUGACUCAUGUCUCUCAGUCCAAUCCUGGGGAACCCCCGGGGUGUUCACUUUGUUUGCUCUAGCCCCUCACACUCUGGGAUUCCCAAGGAAUUUCUUUUUUUAACCCCUGAUUAGACAUGAUGAAAUUAUAAAAAUGUGUAUUAUUAACUAACAGCUCAGGUACAGUAGUGCAGAGCCUUAAGGGAGAUUGGAACUGUCUCAAAUGUUCAACAUUUCUGUUUGGGUCUCUGCUCUGCAGGAGGGUCGUCUGGCACGAGCACCAGUGGGCGGGCGCGCUCGGACCCCACGCAUCAGCACCGGCACAGCGGAGGUCACUUCAGUGCCGCCGUGCAGGCUAUGGACUGCGAAAAUCUCUGCCCACAGGCAAGUCUCACACACACACUAUUGCUCCUUGCCAAGUGACCCCCACUAGAUUGUCACUUAGUCUAUAACCCAGGUUGACAACCUUUACCUCAACUCCCAUUUGAGCUAGAUGAGCAGCUUGGGGAAGUAUUGGGUUCUCUAAACAUAGGUGUUGUUCUUCAGACAGAGAGUUGAAUGACCUGUUAUCAGUCAUUUGAGUUACUGACUGUUGCUGUUGUGUGUCAGGCGAAGCAGCCGUUCCCUCCCCCAGUUGGCUGGGCUGGUGGCAAAGGGGCGCAGACAGUGACAGUGGAGACCCAUCCCGUCCAGGAGACCACCUUUCACGUGCCUCCCCAGGCGCCCAAGGCCAUCCACCUCUCGGCCCCCGGCAACAGCUCCUCCGCCCACCAUCACCACGGACACCAUCACGUACACCAUCACACCCACCAAGCCCAUGGACAUCAGGGUCUGCCUGCACGGCCCAGGCCCCGCCUCUACCACUCCCCAAUCAACAGUGCCUCCACAGAGAACUCAGUGGAGGUGGUGCACGGCCACCUGUCCAUGACCUCCCUGUCUUCCUCCGCCUCCUCCUCCUCCACAUCUUCCUCCUCCACCGGGGCCCAGGGAAACCAGGCUUACCAGCUGCGCCCACUCCCCGCCAACGCAGCCUUGGACUUUGGCCAGAAUGGCAGCAUGACCAUGGGACUGGGUGCCUUCUCCAACCCCAGACAAGAGACUGGCAUGGCGGGCCACCCCAACUACCCCAUGGGCAUGAGACAAGGCAUAGACAGGGAGGAGUCACCCAUGGCAGGAGUCUGUGUACAGCAGAGUUCUGUCGCCAGUUCG